AUGGCGGACGCCCUGUACAACACCCACGUCAAGCUCCUGGCCUCCGAUUUCCUCGCGCUCACCCCAAAACCCACAGACCCAUCGCCCUCGUUCUCCAUCAACGGCAAAACGCUUUCGCGGGCCGAAACAGUAGGGUACGUCGUGACCCGGGAGCUCAAACCCGGAAAAUUCCUCCGGUUCGCCGUCGACGACGGCACCGGCUGCAUCCCCUGCGUCCUCUGGCUCAACCAGCUCACGUCCUCUUACUUCUCCAGGCGCAGCCCGCCAGGUGUUCGAUCGAUUGCCCGAACCGCCUCAAAAUUCGCCGCUCGAGUUCAAGUGGGUGCUGUAGCCAGGGUACGGGGUAGGAUCACCGUAUUCCGGGGACUGGUUCAGAUCACGGUCUCCGAUGUGGUCGUCGAGGUGGACCCCAAUGCCCAGGUUCUUCACUGGCUCGACUGUGUCAGGCUCGCUCGGAAUUGUUACGGUAAGGGUUGUGUUAAAGGUUCUUGA